UAAAUAUGCAGAAGGGAUGGAGCCCAAAUAGCGGACACAUGGGGCCAGGGCUGGCGGGGGUCGAAGAUCUGGAGCUGGGCCCCCGUCGCCGCGGCCGCGCCAGCGGUGCCAAGACCGGGCGGGCGGCGCCGGCGCACUCCGGGCACCGAACCUGCAAAAGGGGACCCGGGCGGGCGGCCGGACACCUCGCAGACGGCGGACAGCGGGCGCUGCAGCCGCCGCCCCGGCCCUCCCCUGCCGCCCCGCCGCCCGUCAUCGCCACGCCCGGCCCCAACCCACCGGGCCCCGGCCCCGAGCCCCGGAGGCGCCUGCUCUCCCCGGCCUCGCGGCCCGACUGCAUGGAGGCCGGCGCGGCACCCCGACCGGCCGAGCCCGCCGCGGCGCGGGAAGCCGCCGCCCGUCACGGCGAGGGCAGGAAGAAGAUGGCGGCGGCCGUGGCGGCGGCAGCCUCACACGGACCGCUGACGCCAAUGGCGCGCGCCGCUCGUCUGGCCGCGGAAGGCAGCGGCGGCGGCGGCCCGGGCUCCGGCGAGGGGCGGGGCGAGGCGGGGAGGGGGCCGGCCGGAGGCGGGGGCCGGGCCGGGCUCUGGAGGCAGGCGGCGGGGACGGUUUGUUGUGCUCGGAACAUGGCGGGCGUCGGCGACGCGGCUGCCCCGGGAGAAGGCGGCGGUGGCGGCGCGGGCGGCCGGGAGCGGGACGGCCGUGGCGAGACGGAACAGCCGGGCGGCAGCGGCGGCCACGGGCCCCCGCCGGCGCCUCAGCACACGGAGACGCUGGGCUUCUACGAGAGCGACCGGCGGCGGGAGAAGCGCCGUGGCCGCGCAGAGCUUUCAUUGUUGAGGUUCCUAAGUGCUGAACUAACAAGAGGGUACUUCCUCGAACAUAACGAGGCCAAGUAUACAGAAAGAAGAGAAAGAGUAUACACUUGUAUGCGAAUACCGCGAGAAUUGGAAAAGCUCAUGUUUUUUGGAAUCUUUCUGUGCCUGGAUGCAUUUUUGUAUGUGUUCACCCUGCUUCCUUUAAGAGUUUUCCUGGCAUUAUUCAGGCUCCUCACUUUGCCUUGCUAUGGCUUAAGGGAUAGACGUUUGCUUCAGCCUGCCCAGGUGUGUGACAUUUUGAAGGGUGUCAUUUUGGUAAUCUGCUAUUUUAUGAUGCACUAUGUUGACUACUCCAUGAUGUACCACCUGAUAAGGGGGCAGUCAGUCAUCAAGCUCUAUAUCAUCUACAACAUGCUGGAGGUUGCUGAUCGUCUGUUUUCAUCUUUUGGACAAGAUAUAUUAGAUGCUCUCUAUUGGACAGCAACAGAACCUAAAGAAAGAAAAAGAGCCCAUAUUGGGGUGAUUCCUCACUUUUUCAUGGCCGUUCUCUAUGUCUUUUUGCAUGCAAUUCUUAUAAUGGUUCAAGCAACAACUCUCAAUGUAGCUUUUAACUCACACAACAAGUCACUGCUUACUAUCAUGAUGUCUAAUAAUUUUGUUGAAAUUAAAGGAAGUGUUUUCAAGAAGUUUGAAAAGAACAAUCUCUUUCAAAUGUCAAAUAGUGAUAUUAAGGAACGGUUCACAAAUUAUGUGCUUUUGCUAAUAGUGUGUCUAAGAAACAUGGAACAGUUUUCUUGGAAUCCAGAUCAUCUCUGGGUAUUGUUUCCAGAUGUCUGUAUGGUGAUUGCAUCAGAAAUUGCUGUGGAUAUUGUAAAACAUGCCUUUAUCACCAAGUUCAAUGACAUUACAGCCGAUGUCUACAGUGAAUACAGAGCCAGCCUUGCUUUUGACCUUGUUAGCAGCCGACAGAAAAAUGCUUAUACUGAUUACAGUGAUUCGGUAGCACGGAGAAUGGGCUUUAUUCCUCUCCCAUUAGCUGUUUUACUCAUCAGAGUUGUAACAAGUUCAAUUAAAGUGCAAGGAAUCCUGUCUUAUGCCUGUGUCAUACUCUUCUAUUUUGGGUUGAUAUCCCUGAAAGUACUUAAUAGCAUCGUGCUGUUGGGGAAAUCAUGCCAAUAUGUGAAGGAAGCCAAAAUGGAAGAAAAGUUGUUUAAUCCUCCCCCAACCAGCAUGCCAGGCAAACCAUCCAGUAAAUCACAAAGCAAAUGUAAAUCCUCUCAAGGCCUGUCCACGGAAGAAAACCUGUCUGCUUCAGUCACCAGCCAGCCUGUUCAUCAAAAGGAAAAUGUUAUACCGUUACUUGUGACAAGCAGUUCUGAUCAGUUUCUGACAACUCCAGAUGGUGAUGAGAAGGACAUAACGCAGGAAAAUUCUGAAUUAAAACACAGGUCCUCAAAGAAAGAUUUGUUAGAGAUAGACAGGUUCACAAUUUGCGGAAACCGAAUUGACUGAAUUGUGUGGCUCCAUGUGGUCGUGGGGCAGCAAGUGCUAUGCUGCCAGGGUGGACAGAUACUAAAAAUGCACUUAAAUAUUUAUUUAAAAACUUAAAUUAUUAAUGGCAAGCAACUCUAGUAUCUUUCUUCCAAUAAUGUGGUCUGGCUGAAGGUCAGAUCAUGGAACAGCAGCAGCCUCCAGCCUUGACUCUCUGGGAAACUUGAUGGAUUAUGAAACUUUCUACUGCUUGGCCAAGCAGCAGCGUCACUUCCGGGACCUGAGUGAAGCAAGAUGAAAAUCUCUUUUGCUUUGUCAGUUUGAGCUUCCAGAAUGUUGAAUUUUGCCUCAAGGCCUUGUCAGUGUAAGGAUAUACCUGGAAAACUGUGGAGCUUUUACCAUGAUAUUACCUUUCCAGUCUCAUACUAUUUUCACAGCUUUCAAACUUUACUUCAUCUGUCAAAGCAUUAAAAAAAUUACUAAAUAUAUGUCAAGAUAAAUGUUCUUACCACCAGAAUAAUCCUUGAAGUUGUACCAGAAUUAAUCAGAAUAAAAGGCUACCUUAAAUAAGAUAUGAUGAAUAGUAGCAUUUAUAGAAAACAAACAAAAAAAACCCUAAGCCAGUUCAUUUAUUUUAAAAAGUUCAUUAAUGAAGGUUAUGCAUCACUGAGAAAAUGUUUCAUAAUUUUUCAGUUUAUUCUUUAAAGCGAAAUGUGAGCUGUGUGUCAUUUAAUUGCAGUGGGUGAAAUAAAAAUUUCAUUACAAAAAGGUACUUUUUAUAUUGAAAAAAGCAGAGCAGUGUUAACUUUAAGGUAUACUUAACUGGUUUUGCUUUAAAACUAAUUGCUUCAUAAAUUAUUACAGCUAAAAGGAUUUGGUAUUUAAUAGGCUGAAAAUUGUCAAUGUACAAAAUUCAAAACUGUCCACUUUAGCUGAAUUUGUUUAAGUAUCAGUUUUAAAGUAAAUAUUCCAAGUGGAUUGGGCAGCAUCAUCUUGCUUGGGCUUAUAAAAUGUGUUGGUCCUGUUUGGAUAUCCUGUGCUGGGGUGUGACAGGCCCGUGACAUUGGUAGAGGACCUUGUGUGAAGUCAAUAGGGGUAUUUGAGACGUGGGGGUGGCUAUUUGUGUGUGGAUGUUGGGAACAGCAACCAAAAAGUGCUUUUUGGUUUUGUUUGAGAUCAAGAUUCCAUUUCUGCUUAAUUAUUGGUCUGUGGCCUGCAUCAUAGGACAAGUUAUUCACCCCAUUUUAUCUUGGGAAUCCGUUCUGCGUCUCUAUAAAAAUUUUACAACUUCAUGUAUAAACACUUCUCAUUUCAAAAUUGUCUAGAAGAUGGUAAUAUUAACUGUUAUUUCCUUUGAUGUUUUGAUUUUGAAGUUCAGCUCUUGUGCCGAUAUUUCAGGCAUGUAUGUGCAGAAGGCAAAUUUUAUGUGAUUUGUUUAUUUCCUGGGUGAAAUAUAAUGCGAGCUUUAAUGCUUUGGCAUGUUCACUUGAAAUCCAAAAGUGAAUUUUAAUGUUUUGCAUUAACUGAAGAAAUCUGAAAAUUGAUGUUGAGGAAACUGUACAGACAUGCCUUAUGAAACCAGGAAAUAUUUUAAGUUAAAAAUGCAAUUUUUAAUUGCUUCGUGUAUGUUUCAGUGGAGCCGAAUUUAGAAUUAUUUUUUCCAUCUCCUUUUCAACAGUGAAAGGAAUAGUGUCCGUGGUCAAUGGAAAUAUGACUAGUUUGUGGACAGCUUUGCCAAACAUAGCCCUGAUCAGAGCAAGAACAUGGUUUGGACAUAUCUUUCAAUCCUGCUUGACUUACUCUGUUAUUGUGCUGUCAUUUGCGGAAGAUUUUCAUUUCCUUUGCAGAUGCUGUUGGGAAUUCAGGAUGAUGUUCAUUUCUUCUGUUAUAAUGGCAUUCAGUACUAAUUUUAUAAGUGCAUCUUGUGUGAACCUCAAUAAAUUCAAUUUUGUAAUCUUUUUUAAAAAGGUCACUGAAUUUAUUUUAAGAAUGUUUACUGCUGCAUUUGGUGGAGUGGAUUUCCCUCUCUGUAAUAAGAAUUUAUUUUUAAUUUACAAGUAAUCUUAAUUUGAAUUAUUCUUUUGUUUUUAAUGGUGACAAAAUGUUUAAUUCUGUCUUUGAAAAAAUAGACAGGCCUUGAUCACAGACCAUUUAAUAUCUCUCAACAAAUGAAGGUAUUUGCAUUUUACAGGUGUUUUGAAUAUUACACAGUGUGUUUUUUUUUCACACCUGGGAGUCAAAUUCAAGACAGUGCUUUGUUUAAAAAAAAAACCUAAUUAAGGCAAAAAAUAGGUCAGACCCCUAAUAGCUUUUUCUCUGGGAGAGAAGUGUAAAUACCAAGUGACACUUAUGAGCUUGUACAGACUUCCUUGUGGACUUUGGCCAGUGUUUAGAUUUUAUAUUCAUUAUACAUAAACAUGAAAGAAAUUUGCUAUACUUAGAUCCUCUAAAUAUAUCCUGCCACUCCUGAUAACAUGGCAGAGGAAGAGAUAAAUUCACAAAAUAAUUUAAAAUCACUACAUUUUGAUAACAAAGAUUUGAUACCUCCUGUGUGUCAAGAACUGUUCUACAGGGUGAGAUCAGCAAUAAACAAGGUAAAGUCCCUGCUCUUCUGGGGAAGACCAAGAGUAACAAGUCAAUGAAAUAAUGUCUACUGGUCACACAUUGUCCCAUGACCAAAUGAUCUC